UGGUAAGCACAUUCAUGUUCUUCCUGGUUUAGUUCGAGAUUCAGGAACUCAAAGAAUAAUUCAGUGUUGACGAUCAUUCGACAAACUAUCGAUUCUUGGAGAAAUGUCUGACAGCGCCGGAGAGCCUCAGAGUCUGGACGAGAAGUUCAACGCUGCGCAGCCUCAGAGUCUGGACGAGAAGCUCAGCGCUGCGCAGGAGUUACAGAGACUCAAGAAGCUCAUUGAGUCUGCAGAAGAUGAGAAAUCAAGAUUAACGCUGGAGAAGCUUGCAUCAGAUUCUGAGAAGAAAAAAGCCCAGACAGAAACCGAAAGUUGGAUCGAUUCUGAAGACAAAUGCGCUGAGCAGUUUCGGAGAGAUCUCGAAGAAAUCCAGGAAGAGCUGGAGAAUCUGGACCGAGUCACACAGGAUCUGAAGAGAGAAUAUAAAGAUCUUGAGAAGAAGCUUCAACUCAAGAGGGCUGAAACUGACUCUCUGCAACAGAGAUUUAAGAUUAAAGCUGAAAUCCCAGUGAAAAGAGUGAAGUUUACUCAUUCUGUUGAAGAAGAGCAAGAAGACCAAGAGGAACAUGUGGAAUCGGUGUUCACCGUCACCCAGAGACCAUCAUAUCUGCUGAAGGGCGGUCACGCUCUCAUCACGUUUGAGGAGGAGAAAGUGUCAGAGCAGAUCCUCAGACUGGCGAAGUGUUCUGUGUCCUGUGACAAAACCAAGAUGGAUGUCAAACCGUACGCUUUAACUCUGGAUCCCUCUGUGAAAUUUGAGGUUCAUAUCAAGGUAUCAAAGAAGACCGUCAAGUUCCGCAACGCUCCGCCCACUUUACCUGAGGAGCGAAUGAGAGACCGUCUGGAGCUGUCCUUCUCUCGAGCGAGUCGUGGAGGAGGAGAGGUGGAAAACGUGCAGUAUGACAAGCAGAACGGCACGGGACACGUCACCUUCCUCAACACUGGAGUGGCGGAGAAUUUGGCCCUCAGAGGAAAGUUCUGUGUGGAUACGGACAGUGACAUGCUGGUGGAUGUUCUUCCUCUGUAUCAGUACCAACUCAAGAAAUUUCAAACGUACUCGGGCGUCCCGAAUCGCACCGUGCUGCUGGGAGGAAUUCAGGAUGUGAUUGAUGAAGAAGAUAUUCAGGACCAUCUAGAAAUCCACUUCCAGAAGCCCAGUAACUACGGCGGAGAAGUUGAGAGCAUAAAAUACGUCCCAUCUGGAAAACAGCUGAUGGCGUUCUUCAGUGAGGACAACACUGAUACUGAUGCCUGAGUGUCAGUGAUUCAGUUUAUAAUGUAGGGAUUCAUUAGUCAUGAUUCACAUGUUAUUGGGUACAUUUCUCACUGGACUCAUUUGUUAAAGUGCAUAUGGUUUCUCUUCACAAUCUUUUAUUAUUAACAAAAUGACUUAUCAUAAAAUAUCCGGCAGUACAAUACCAGACAAUUAAAAUGAAACAAAGUAGAUGUUAAGUAGUUACAUCAGCUGUUAAUAUUGUAAACAAUAAAGUCAAUGCCACAUGAGAGAAUCACAUUUACUGUGUGAAACUUCAUUAAACUUUGGGAGCGAUGUAAAGCUCUGAACAGAUCAUAAAACACAUUAUAGUUGCAAGUGACUGAAGUAAGAACAUCAUAUGAAAAUAAAAAUGUGUUGCGGCUUUGAUAAUUGCAUGCUAGAUGAUAAUUUGUCCCAACUAGCAUUUUUUUAUUGGCAUUAUAAAAUGAUGAAAGUAAUCACAUGAACAGCCAUUUGUUGAAGGAAGUAUUUCUUGUGCAAUAAAAAGAGCAAUUUGUCUGUCAGACAA